AUCAAGAACAUUGAGCGUGAACUCAUUUGUCCGAUCUGCAAGGAGCUGUUUACACACCCCCUCAUCUUGCCCUGUCAGCACAGCGUUUGUCACAAGUGUGUCCGAGACCUGCUGCUAUUGAACCAUGAGGAUUCUUUCGAUGCAGGCUCAGAGUGUUCCCUCCCUGGGAGCCCAGGGCCCCGAUCCAGAGUGCACUCGCCAAGCAUGGAGAGGCUGGAUAGGCUUGCAAGAUCAGGCUCUAUCUCCUCACCAGGAUGGAGGCGUGGCUCUGUGACCCCCCGCAUCACCACUUUCCCAUGCCCGGGUUGCCAACACGACGUGGACCUGGGCGAGCGGGGCAUGAGCAUGCUCUUCCGGAACUUCACCCUGGAGAGCAUCGUGGAGCGCUACCGGCAGGCUGCCCGCGCUGCUGUUGCGAUCAUGUGCAACAUGUGCAAGCCGCCCCAGCAGGAGGCUACCAAGAGCUGCAUGGAUUGCAAGGCCAGCUACUGCAACGAAUGCUUCAAGUUCCACCACCCCUGGGGCACCCCCAAAGCCCAGCACGAAUAUGUGGGGCCCACCAUGAACUUUAGGCCAAAGGUGCUGAUGUGUCCGGAGCAUGAGAUGGAGAAGGUCAACAUGUACUGCGAGGUGUGCCGGCGUCCAGUCUGUCACCUGUGCAAGCUGGGAGGCUCUCAUGCAAACCACAAAGUCACAACCAUGAGCAGCGCCUACAAGAUCCUCAAGGAGAAGCUAUCAAAGGCUAUCCAUUACUUAAUCAGCAAAGAGGACCAAGUGAAGACUCAGAUUUCCCACCUGGAGGUGUUGAUCAAUGAAACCGAGGAGAACGGCCAGUUGGCGGAGCGUCGGACCAACGAGCACUUUGAGCGACUGUUCGAGACCCUCCAGGAGAGGAAGUUUGAGAUGCUGCGCUCCAUCGAGCAGUCGAGGACGCGGCGUCUGGACCAGCUUCGGGGCCAGGUGGACGAGUACCAGGGCAUGUUGGAGAACAGCGGCCUGGUGGGUUAUGCCCAGGAGGUUCUCAAGGAGACGGACCAGUCCUGCUUUGUUCAGACUGCCAAACAGCUUCACACCAGGAUCGCGAAAUCCACCGAGUCUCUGAGGACAUUCCACCCUGUGGCCGACCCCUCCUUUGAUGAGUUUGUGCUGGACACUUCCAGAGAGGAGACCCUGCUGAAGGAGCUUUGCUUUGGUGGAGUCCCUGACCCUCCCAUCAUCGAUCUGUCCCGCAGUCGCGUCUACAACGAAGGCCUGGUGUGCUGGCAGUUGGCUGAGGACACCCUGGCCACAGACCACCAGGUGCUGGAGUACAGGAAGCUGGGUGUUGAGAAGGACGAGGAGGAGGGCAGCAGCCGCUGGCGCCCCACAGUCCCGGUGUACGGCCCCAGCACAGUGGUGUGCGACCUGGAGGCCAACAGCCUCUACUCGUUCAGAGUACGCAGCUGCCGCAACUCCCUCUACAGCCCCUACAGCCCAGAAGUCACCUUCCACACACCACCUGCUCCAGUGUUUGGCUUCCUGUUCAAUGACAAGUGCGGCUUCAGCUCGGAGCGGCUGACGUUGAGUAAGCUGCGUGACUCGGUGGAGAGUGCGGCCGGCAUGGCCUUCCUGCUGGCUGCUGAGCGUGUGCAGGCAGGCAGCUACAUGGGCCUGGACUACAUCAUCGGUGACACGGGCAUCUCUCAGGGCAGACACUACUGGGCCUUCCGCGUGGAGCCCCACUCCUACUUAGUCAAGGUGGGCGUGGCCUCUGAUUCCAAGCUGCUGGAGUGGAUCCACAACCCCCGGGACACUAGUAGCCCCAGGUACGACCACGACAGUGGGCACGACAGUGGCAGCGAGGACGCGUGCUACGACCUGUCCCAGCCCUUCACCCUGCUCACCGUGGGCAUGGGCAAAGUGUUCAUACCCAAAGCAUCUAUCUCCUCCGCCACCGCCGGCAAUGACCACGGCAACCGGGUGCUGCCCAUGCCCCAGCGCAUUGGCGUGUACCUGGACUACGAGGCGGGCCGUGUCUACUUCUACGACGCAAACACCAUGAGAUGCCUUUACGAGCGGCAAGUGGACUGCACCGGUACCAUGUAUCCCGCGUUUGGCCUCAUGGGUAGUGGCAAGGUUCAUCUAGAGGAGUUCAUCACAGCAAAGCGGAUGUCGUAUAUGUGA